UGGAGGCCGCCCCCGCUGCGCCCUUCCGGCCCUCGCAAGGCUUCCUGAGCCGGAGGCUAAAAAGCUCCAUCAAACGCACGAAGUCACAACCCAAACUUGACCGGACCAGCAGCUUUCGCCAGAUCCUGCCUCGCUUCCGAAGUGCUGACCAUGACCGGGCCCGGCUGAUGCAGAGCUUUAAGGAGUCGCACUCUCACGAGUCCUUGCUGAGUCCUAGCAGUGCGGCUGAGGCCUUGGAGCUCAACUUGGAUGAAGACUCCAUUAUCAAGCCAGUGCACAGCUCCAUCCUGGGCCAGGAGUUCUGUUUUGAGGUAACAACUUCAUCAGGAACAAAAUGUUUUGCCUGUCGUUCUGCGGCUGAAAGGGACAAAUGGAUCGAGAAUCUACAGCGGGCAGUAAAACCCAACAAGGAUAACAGCCGCCGCGUAGACAAUGUGUUGAAGCUGUGGAUCAUAGAGGCUCGGGAGCUGCCCCCCAAGAAGCGGUACUACUGUGAGCUAUGCCUCGAUGACAUGCUGUAUGCACGCACCACCUCCAAGCCCCGUUCGGCCUCAGGGGACACCGUCUUCUGGGGCGAGCAUUUUGAGUUUAACAACCUGCCGGCUGUCCGUGCCCUGCGGCUGCAUCUGUAUCGUGAUUCAGACAAAAAGCGCAAGAAGGACAAGGCGGGCUAUGUCGGACUGGUGACUGUGCCCGUUGCCACCCUGGCUGGGCGCCACUUCACAGAGCAGUGGUACCCCGUAACCCUGCCAACAGGCAGCGGGGGUUCUGGGGGCAUUGGGGGCUCAGGAGGGGGAGGGGGCUCGGGAGGUGGUUCAGGGGGCAAGGGCAAAGGAGGUUGCCCAGCUGUGCGGCUGAAAGCACGUUAUCAGACGAUGAGCAUCCUACCCAUGGAGCUGUAUAAGGAGUUUGCAGAGUAUGUCACCAACCAUUACCGGAUGCUUUGUGCAGUACUGGAGCCUGCCUUGAAUGUCAAGGGCAAGGAGGAGGUUGCUAGUGCACUGGUUCACAUCCUGCAGAGUACAGGCAAGGCCAAGGACUUCCUUUCAGACAUGGCCAUGUCUGAGGUGGACCGGUUCAUGGAACGGGAGCACCUCAUAUUCCGCGAGAACACGCUCGCCACUAAAGCCAUAGAAGAGUACAUGAGACUGAUUGGUCAGAAAUACCUCAAGGAUGCCAUUGGAGAAUUCAUCCGUGCUCUGUAUGAGUCCGAGGAGAACUGCGAGGUGGACCCCAUCAAGUGCACAGCGUCGAGUCUGGCAGAGCACCAGGCCAACCUGCGAAUGUGCUGUGAGUUGGCCCUGUGCAAGGUGGUCAACUCCCAUUGCGUGUUCCCGAGGGAGCUGAAGGAGGUGUUUGCAUCUUGGCGACUGCGCUGCGCAGAGCGGGGUCGGGAGGACAUUGCUGACAGGCUGAUCAGCGCCUCGCUCUUCCUGCGCUUCCUCUGCCCUGCCAUUAUGUCGCCCAGUCUCUUUGGGCUCAUGCAGGAGUACCCAGAUGAGCAGACCUCACGAACCCUCACCCUCAUCGCCAAGGUCAUCCAGAACCUAGCCAACUUUUCCAAGUUUACCUCAAAGGAGGACUUUCUAGGAUUCAUGAAUGAGUUUCUGGAGCUGGAGUGGGGUUCCAUGCAGCAGUUCCUGUAUGAGAUCUCCAACCUAGACACACUGACCAACAGCAGUAGCUUUGAGGGUUACAUCGACUUGGGCCGAGAGCUCUCCACACUGCAUGCCCUGCUCUGGGAGGUGCUGCCCCAGCUCAGCAAGGAAGCCCUCCUGAAGCUGGGCCCACUACCCCGGCUCCUCAAUGACAUCAGCACAGCUCUGAGGAACCCCAACAUCCAAAGGCAGCCAAGCCGCCAAAGUGAGCGGCCCCGGCCUCAGCCCAUGGUGCUGCGGGGCCCAUCGGCUGAGAUGCAGGGCUACAUGAUGCGGGACCUCAACAGCUCUAUGGACAUGGCUCGCCUCCCCUCCCCAACCAAGGAAAAGCCACCUCCACCACCCCCUGGUGGGGGUAAAGACCUGUUCUAUGUAAGCCGUCCACCCCUGGCCCGUUCCUCACCAGCAUAUUGCACGAGCAGCUCAGACAUCACGGAGCCGGAGCAGAAGAUGCUUAGUGUCAAUAAGAGUGUCUCCAUGCUGGAUCUGCAAGGUGACGGGCCCGGUGGCCGCCUCAACAGCAGCAGUGUAUCCAACCUGGCAGCCGUCGGGGACCUGCUGCACUCUAGCCAGGCCUCCUUGACAGCGGCCUUGGGGCUGCGGCCUGCACCAGCUGGACGCCUCUCCCAGGGGAGUGGCUCGUCCAUCACGGCAGCUGGCAUGCGCCUCAGCCAGAUGGGCGUCACCACGGACGGUGUCCCUGCCCAGCAACUGCGCAUCCCCCUCUCCUUCCAGAACCCUCUCUUCCACAUGGCUGCUGAUGGGCCAGGCCCCCCAGGGGGUCACGGAGGGGGUGGUGGCCACGGCCCACCCUCCUCCCAUCACCAUCAUCACCACCAUCACCAUCACCGAGGUGGAGAACCCCCAGGGGACACCUUUGCCCCAUUCCAUGGCUACAGCAAGAGCGAGGACCUCUCCUCAGGGGUCCCUAAGCCCCCUGCUGCUUCCAUCCUUCAUAGCCACAGCUACAGUGAUGAGUUUGGACCCUCUGGUAGUGACUUCACCCGUCGGCAGCUCUCACUCCAGGACAACCUGCAGCAUAUGCUGUCCCCUCCCCAGAUCACCAUUGGUCCCCAGAGGCCUGCCCCCUCAGGGCCUGGAGGUGGAAGUGGUGGAGGGGGCAGUGGUGGGGGUGGCGGGGGCCAGCCGCCUCCGUUGCAGAGGGGCAAGUCUCAGCAGUUGACAGUCAGUGCUGCCCAGAAACCCCGGCCAUCCAGCGGGAAUCUGUUGCAGUCACCAGAGCCGAGUUAUGGCCCUGCCCGUCCACGACAACAGAGUCUCAGCAAGGAGGGCAGCAUUGGAGGCAGCGGGGGCAGCGGUGGCGGAGGGGGUGCGGGGCUCAAGCCCUCUAUCACCAAGCAGCAUUCUCAGACGCCAUCCACACUGAACCCCACAAUGCCAGCCUCUGAGCGGACGGUGGCCUGGGUUUCCAAUAUGCCUCACCUGUCAGCUGACAUCGAGAGUGCCCACAUCGAGCGGGAAGAGUACAAGCUCAAGGAAUACUCUAAGUCGAUGGAUGAGAGCCGACUGGACAGGGUGAAGGAGUAUGAGGAGGAGAUCCACUCACUGAAGGAGCGGCUGCACAUGUCCAACCGGAAGCUGGAAGAGUAUGAGCGGAGGUUGCUGUCCCAGGAAGAACAGACCAGCAAAAUCCUGAUGCAGUAUCAGGCUCGACUGGAGCAGAGUGAGAAGAGGCUAAGGCAGCAGCAGGUGGAGAAGGAUUCACAGAUCAAGAGCAUCAUUGGCAGGCUGAUGCUGGUGGAGGAGGAGCUGCGCCGGGACCACCCCACCAUGGCUGAGCCACUACCUGAACCCAAGAAGAGGCUGCUCGACGCUCAGCUCCUCAUCAGCCUCUCCCCGCUCAUGGCUGCCCUCCACACCAACAACCUCCACAGACCCCGCCCUCCUGACACCUUCCAUGUAGACCCAUCUCCCAAGGCACUGCCCAGACAGAGACAGAGUACUUCCUGCUAUCUCCCAGCUGGUUCAGUGAUACCUUACCAACACCAGGCAUCUACCCUGGACAGGCCCAGCACAGUGCCAGGUCACACUCCUUUUCCCACAAAACCCACCCCCAGCCUCCUCCCGACUCUCAGUCCUUCUCCUCUUCCUCUCCAGUGUAUGUCUGUCACCCCCCAUUUCACCAGAGCGUCCUUGGGGGUUGUGAGGUUAGGGGUGGGAUUCAUUAGGGGUGGCAGUGAUUAUGGGUUGGUGGACCCUGACUAGAGGGGCUGUGCUGACUGCAGCAGGUAGGUUGGGGUUUCUUCUUUCUUUCCUAACCUUGGUUCUCUAAACCUUCCUUCUACCUCUCACCUGCUUCUCUCUCUUCCUCCCUCUUAUAUCUGUGAGGUAAAAGGUAUACAGGGUUCCUCUUCAGCCCCACUGAAUGGGAAUUUGGAAGGGCUAGUUAACUCAGGGAGGUUUGGGGGGACCUGGAAAGAAUGCUGUUCAUAUGUGAAGACAGUCUGCAGCAAGGAGGAUGAAUGCAGCAAGGAGAAGCAAGAAAGGAGUCAUAACAGAUGUUAGGACUGGGCCAUGUGGCAUGGGAGCUGGAAGUGGGGUAAGAUGUCUCCCUAGAUAAGAUCAUGGGCUCAGUAGCCAUGUUGAUUCCCAGGCAGAGAUGCCAGGAACAGCAUGUUAAAUAACCUCUAUUUUUUUGUCAGAGCUUACAUCCCAGGGUUGCUAAUGCCACUCAUUCCCCCUCUCCCGCCACCCAGUGGCCUUGCUGGACACAUAAUGCUACCUAAAAAGCUAGUAAAUGGGAACCUGUCAGCCACCGACUUCAUUUCUGAGAUGCUUUAUUUUCUGUAGGGUUGAUCUGCAGCGGGCAGUGGCUUCUCACAUUGUAAUUUUAACUCUCUGCCUGCCCAACCUCUCUGUCAAAGUAGUUAGUGAUCUGUAAACAGAUGCUAAAAGGCACCAGGGGACCUCACCAUUUAAAGGACUCCCGCAGUGAAUUCUGUUAUAAAAUGAAUAAUGGCACCCUAAUUUAUCUACUUUCUAAAUUUGGGUCCGGGGAGGGUGGGGGGCAUGCCUGUGUGCUGUCACCAACAGACGAGCAGACGGAAGGAAAUCCGAGAUUUCCUUCCCCUGCUCUCCUGUCAUAAUCGGGAUCCCCUACCAUAUGUAAUUUUCUCUCUUGCUUAUCUAUAGAAAGUGUGUGAGAUGCUCAGCAAGCUAAGAAGGCAGCUUUGCUUAAGGCUGGGGUUUUGGCGAUCUUCUGAAAGGGGAGCUCUUUGAUUUGGAAGGGAGAGCUGAUCUGGGAGCCUCUACUUGGAAUAUUUUUGUAUUUUUUAGAAGUAUGCUCAGACAUAACUAGGUUGCCAGGCCUAAAUGCCCUAUGGCCCAGGAAAUAAUUGGGAAACUUUUGCUAAACCACUUUUAGGUAUUGGUGCCUCUGCAACUCAGCCAUUAAUUUAAAAAUUAAUUUUGUGCCUGUGUUUUAAGUCAGGUAAGCAACCAGAAGUAUAGUACAAAUGGAUUUCUUUUCUCCUAGCAGAGGAACAGAAGCCAGAGUUGAGGGCAGGAACCAGGAGUUGGUCCAGGAGCGUAGGGGGUGAUACAAUAGGACCUAGGGUGGGAGUAGGGUCUGGUACUCCUCACCCGUUAAGUAGGAGCCCAGGGUGAGGGACUGAAAGGAAUGUGGGGGUGGAAAGGAAUGAAGCAUUUCUGCUUCCUGGGGAUACAGAGAUUGGGGCAUGCUGUGUCUCUGCAGAAGUUCCUAGUCGGUUCUGGUUAGCAUGAGAGAGAGGCAGCCCUCCCACAAUAUUUUUAUCUUCCCACAUCACUUCCCUGAAUCCCCUUCCUUUCCCCCCAGUACAGUUAAACCUCUCUAAUUUGGAAUGUUAUAUUUGAGAAGAUGGCUACUCUGAAUAAGUGACAAAACUGAAUGACAGUGUCUAUUUAAUGAAAUACAUGUCUUCAAAAUAUAUACAGUAAGUAAACCUCAAUGAAUAAGGCUUUUCCACUGGAGGCCCUCAGGGAGCAUGCAUUAAUGAAUAGAUAGGAUUGAAAAGUCUGUUUUCUGGUAUAGGUUAAAUAUUCCUCCUACAGACACAUUUCCACUAUUAAUUUGCUUAGCAUACCCUUUCUUCAUAGAUAAAGGAAAACUCAAGCCCAGUUUUUGUUCAAAUUAUGAAAAAAUUCCAACUCCAUAGGGGUUUGGAUUAAUGAGGUUUUGCUGUACUGCCUCCCCUGUUCCCUCAACACAAAGUUCCUACCUUGGAUUGGGGGUGGGCUGGGAGGGGGCUCCAAGAGGAGGUGGGUAGGCUGGGCAGGGGAAGAUACAGGGGUUAUCUUGGGGGGUAGGUGGGAACUUGAUUCUUUUGAACUGGUUUCCUGGUGUGACUCCCUGGGUUGAAGGCCCCUGUUAGGAGUCUGGGGUAAGAUUCUCUUCUCCCUGAUCCCAGAAGAUGUAACUUCUACUGCAGGUGAGAA